AGAAAAGAAAAAGAAAACAAAACACUGCAAGCUCCUCAGCUGACAUGGGUUUCGUCAGCUGAUUGGGUUUGUUUACACACAACCGGCAGCGGGUGCACGCAACUCCAUGUGCUAAGGGACGAAAAUUUCGUCUGACUCAGCUGUUGUUUUUGGAGCAUGAUGUCCCUCCCCUUCAAACACACUAGGGCAACACACACUCUCCUACAGAAAGUGUUGCAGCCUGUUUGUCUGAGUCAUCCCAUUCGGGGAAUCAAAAGAGCAAAAUUUCGGAAGGUUUUGGACCCACAGCAUGCUGAUGAUUUGCCUGAAUUUGAAUAUGUUGGUAAAAGCUCUCGUCCAGACACCCUUGUGUUCACCUGGGGUGUUGCUGACCAUGGGGGUCUUGGUCGAGCCUCAUUUAUCCGGCCAGUCUUAUCCAAAAAUCAGAAGCCUUUGUCUUUCAUGCACCACCCACACAGAGUAGAGUUUGGGGAGUAUCAUAAGGUUGUGGAUCUAGCCUGUGGAUAUGGCUUUACAGUAUUUGCUGUUAAUGACAAAUCAGGACCUUCAUGUUACGGGACUGGCCUCAAUACUGACUCACAGAUUGGAACCCAUCAGCCUAGAAGUGGACAUCCCCUUGGAAUGCUGAUUAGUCCAGCACCAAUUGAACUUCCAGUACAGGGACCCGACAGAGUUAUUAAGGUUGCAUCAGGAAGAGCACACACUGUGAUGGUGACAAAGAAUAGUGGUGUUUGGACAAUUGGUAAUAAUGCAUAUGGACAGUGUGGGCGGCCUGUCAUACCUGACGAAGACUACAGCAAACAGGUCGUGUAUCACCGACUGAAAGCUCUAGAUGGCAUCAGUGUGAAACAGGUGGAGUGCGGCCAAGACACUAGCUUUUUCGUGAGUGAAGAAGGAGCAGUGUACUCUUGUGGCUGGGGGGCAGAUGGGCAGACCGGAAGAGGUCACUACAACAAUGAGCCAGCAGUGGGUGCAGUGAUUGGAGACACUGUAGGAGAGAAGAUAGUGAAGGUCUCUUGUAGAGCAGACUGUGCCUUGGCCCUUAAUGAUAAGGGUGACGUGUUUGGCUGGGGCAAUUCAGAAUACCACCAGUUAAACUCAGUCACUGAUGAAAUGCAGAUUCAUACAUCAAGAAAACUUAGUUUCCCUGGUCUGAAGAAAAUAGUUGACAUAGCAUCAGCAGGAACCAUGUGUUUGUUGCUUGAUGAGGGUGGACAAGUGUACAGUUGGGGCUUUGGUCCAAUUGGAAAGGGCCCUAAAGUUACUUAUUCAAAAUCUCCUACACCCAUUCCAUCAACACUAUUUGGACAAAAUGAAAUUACUCCGGAUGCUAAAGUGACAAAUGUGGCAUGUGGCAUCAACCAGUUUGCUGUCAUAAACAGUCAUGGUUCCCUGUUCACGUGGGGCAAGAAUCCCGGCGGAUGUUUGGGUCAGCGCCACAAAGAGGACCAAUAUUUCCCCCUGCGUGUGUGUAUUGGAGGCCAGGUAGUCAAAGUCAGCUGUGGUGUGGAUCACAUGGCAGCCAUGGUGAAGGAGAUUGUGUGAAGACUGCAUCCUGUAGUAUGUGUGUAAUAAAGAAUGCUAGUA